UUUCCGGGGCUCUGAAGUGCAGCGCGUCACGUGCGCUCAGGGUUGUCCUGUCUGGAGAGGCCACGUGGGUGCCUUGCGGUUAUGGUCUUUUUACAAUGAUGUAAAUGGGAAUUUCCUAUCCAGAAUGGCUGAGAAGAAACCAUCGGGAGGACAGUACCUGCUUCUGUUACUGAUCAUUGCUGUUGUCUUCACACACUUAGCAGUUUGUCCAUUUACGAAAGUAGAGGAGAGUUUUAAUCUGCAAGCCACCCAUGACAUCUUGUAUCAUAGGCUGGACCUGGAAAAGUAUGAUCAUCAUGAAUUUCCUGGAGUUGUCCCAAGAACGUUUCUUGGUCCGAUUUUCAUUGCUGUACUUUCCAGCCCAGCCAUAUAUGUGCUCUCUCUGUUACGGAUGUCUAAGUUUUACUCUCAGCUGAUAGUCCGAGGAAGCCUGGGUUUGAGCGUGAUCUAUGCCUUGUGGCGGAUGCACAAAGAAGUGAGAAAGCAGUUUGGUUCAACCGUCUCCAUGUUCUUCUGUUUGAUAACUGCUACUCAAUUCCACCUGAUGUUUUACUGCACUCGAACUCUCCCCAAUGUGUUUGCACUUCCCAUUGUUCUGUUGGCAGUUACAUCUUGGAUACAGCAAAAGCACCAUGCAUUCAUCUGGUUCUCCGCUUUGGCAAUUAUUGUCUUCAGAUCAGAGCUUUGUCUGUUCCUGGGGUUUAUGCUUCUGAUGACGCUGUUCAAUAAAAGACUUUCAUUUGUGAAAAUGUUGUCGUAUGCCAUUCCUGCAGGAGCUUUUUGGUUAGGACUCACAGUAGCCUUGGACUCUGUUUUUUGGAGGCAGCUUCUGUGGCCCGAAGGAGAAGUACUUUGGUAUAACACAGUUCUAAACAAAAGUUCCAACUGGGGAACCUCUCCGUUUCUGUGGUAUUUUUAUUCAGCCUUGCCCCGAGCUCUGGGAUGCAGUAUUCUGUUUAUACCAUUUGGUGCCAUAGAUAAAAGGACCCGAAUAUUAAUUCUACCUACACUUGCUUUUAUUUUCUUCUAUUCAUUUCUCCCACACAAAGAGUUGCGGUUUAUUAUAUACACAUUCCCAGUCUUCAAUAUAGUGGCUGCCAAAGGUUGCUCACGCAUUCUAAAUAAUUACAAGAAAUCAUGGCUGCAUAAGUUAGGUUCCCUCUUUGUCGUAGCCCAUCUUCUUGUUAAUGCUGUUUACUCAGGAGCAUCACUGUAUGUUUCACACUUCAAUUAUCCAGGAGGAGUUGCCAUGCAAAAGCUACACCAGUUAAUACCUUCAACAGCAGACGUUUCUGUCCAUAUCGAUGGGGCUGCAGCACAAACUGGAGUAUCUCGAUUUUUAGAAGUCAAUUCGGAUUGGAAGUAUGACAAAAGAGAAGAUCUCAAACCGGGAGACUCACUCAUGUUCUCUUACACUCAUUUACUUAUGGAGAUGGACCCUGCUCAAGUAUCACAUUAUAAAGCAACCCACCGAGUGAUGGCAUAUAUACCUGGCACCAGUGGGAUUGGACUCAAUUUUACUAAACUACCUCCUGUUACUUUAAACUUGAAAUCUAAACUAGUACUUUUGGAAAAACUUCCUACUUCUUUUGGAACAUAAAAUAUUGAGUCUUGAAAUAAAUUUCCCACUAAGA